AUGCUGCGACUCGUAGCGCGCCAAGCCGCCUCGCGAUACCGCUCCCGGCAGCGCCCACCAGCGUCUGCAGACAUCUUCGGAUCUACGGUGCUAGGAGGAGAGACGGGCUCAGACAGUGUUCUGGAUAGUAUCAAGGAGGACGCCCAACAGGAGACCGAAGUCUACCAGGGGAGGUCCCCGUGGGAGCAGAAGAUUCUGGCAGCACUGCGGACGUACAAGGACUUGAAUGGCGAUCUCCUCGUGCCCCAGUCGCUUGUGAUUCCCACAGGGGAUGAGCGCUGGCCAUCGGUGACGUGGGGAUACAAGCUAGGGACUGCGGUGAGAGAUCUCCGGUGGAGGCUCCAGAGCAAGUCGCCUCUUCCCACUGGGAUGAAGGAGGAGCUGGAGAAAAUGAGCUUCGUCAAGAACAUGGCCCAAUAUAAGUGGGAUAACAUUGUCCUGCCGGCGCUGCAGAGGUUUCAUCAAGUGCACGAGCACACAGAUGUCCCGCACGAAUUUGUCGUCCCACGCGAUGACGAAACGUGGCCAAGACUGGCGUGGGGUUAUCGACUGGGAUACACAGUCCACCGCAUUCGACAGAAGGAAGUGUAUACCGCUCAAGUGGCCAUGUCAAAGGAAGAGCUGGACAGGAUGGACUUCUGCUACGGCAUGUCGAUCGUUGAACGUCGCUGGACGGAGAAGAUUUUGCCAUCAUUUCACGUGUAUCGCCAAGAGUUCGGAGACUGCAUCAUUCCCACGGCGUUUGUUGUCCAGCAUUGCGGGCGUGACAUUGAACACUUAGACGAGCUUGGAUUGAAUCUCAAGUUGUCUUCACGAACGUGGAAAGAGCGCGUGGUGCCAUUGCUGAGCAUGUACGCUGAGCUGCAUGGAGAAGAGGAAAUUCCACACGAUUUCGUGAUUCCUUCGGAGGCGCCGUGGGAGGAAAAACUGUGGGGUGUUCGACUGGGGCUCAUUGUAGCUCGGAAUCCGCAGUUCGCAUCCCGGGAGUGA